GAGGCGGCGAGAGCGGAGCGGCGGGCCGGGCGGCCGCGCCGGCGAGCGGGCAAGGCGGGCGGCGAGCUGCGCGCGGCGCGAGGGGCACCGAGGAGCGGGCGCGGCGGGCGCAGCGCGAGGCGGCCCGAGCGGGGAGGCCCGCGCGGCGCCGCCCCCGAGCGGAGCCCGAGCGGGGAGGGGGCGGCAUGGACCCGCGGCCCCGGGCCCCGGGGCGCUAGGCCCCCGGAGGGCGCCCCCCGCCUCGCCGCCCUCCGCCGCCGCGCGCCCCGCCCGCGCCCGCCGCCCCCGGGGCCGCCGCCGGCCCAUGAGCCCCGACCUCAAAGUUUGCGGCGGGCGGGCGGGCGCGGAGCCUCCAAGAUGCCGUUCCACCCGGUGACGGCGGCGUUGAUGUACCGGGGCAUCUACACCGUGCCCAACCUGCUGUCGGAGCAGCGCCCGGUGGACAUCCCCGAGGACGAGCUGGAGGAGAUCCGAGAGGCCUUCAAAGUCUUUGACCGCGACGGCAAUGGCUUCAUCUCCAAGCAGGAGCUGGGCACGGCCAUGCGUUCCCUCGGCUACAUGCCCAACGAGGUGGAGCUCGAGGUGAUCAUCCAGCGGCUGGACAUGGACGGUGAUGGCCAAGUGGACUUUGAGGAGUUUGUGACCCUGCUGGGACCCAAGCUGUCCACGUCAGGGAUCCCAGAGAAGUUCCACGGCACGGACUUUGACACCGUCUUCUGGAAGUGCGACAUGCAGAAGCUGACCGUGGACGAGCUGAAGCGCUUGCUCUAUGACACCUUCUGUGAGCACCUGUCCAUGAAAGACAUCGAGAACAUCAUCAUGACGGAGGAGGAGAGCCACCUGGGCACGGCCGAGGAGUGCCCCGUGGAUGUGGAGACCUGCUCCAGCCAGCAGAUCCGCCAGACGUGCGUGCGCAAGAGCCUGAUCUGCGCCUUCGCCAUCGCCUUCAUCAUCAGCGUCAUGCUCAUCGCGGCCAACCAGGUGCUGCGCAGCGGCAUGAAGUAGGCACCGCCCAGUGCCCGCCGGGCGCGGGGUGCAUGGGGCCUGUCCACGCCCACCGCUGCCUGCCGCCCUCCUCCUUGGUCAGCUCCUGGGCCCCCGCCCCAUGUACUCCGGGGCCUGGCUGUCCGGACACCCCAACCCCCACUCCAGCCCCCCCCCAGGCCUUGCAUGGAGCCGUGGCCGCCUGCAGGGGACCCGGGUGGUGGCUUGGGGGACGGCCCCAGCCCUGCCUGCGCCCUAUCUGUGCCCGCCCCCUCUCCCCCGAGGCCUGUAUGUAGCACUAACUCUUCCCACAGU